UGCACUAGUCUGGGAACGUCGAAACAGAAGGAGAAAGACUAAACAGGUGGUCAGAAACACACAGCUAACAAUGUCGUCCCUGGAUAAAAUGUGAAAGAUAUUUUGGUCUCAUCUCUUUUUAAGGAUACAAGAUUCAAUAACCAAAGAUAAUUCAUGUUURGGCUGACUUUCAAAGGGAGAAUUUAUCCUCGGUUUUCCUCCGAAUCUGGGCAAGAUCUAUCGGAUAUUAAACUAUGAAAGUGACUGUGUGUUUUGGAAGGACUAGGGUGGUGGUACCGUGCGGAGAUGGAAAUAUCAAAAUCCACAUUCUCAUCCAGCAAGCCGUCAUGAGAUACAAAAAAGCCAUUGCAAAGGAUGCCAGCUACUGGUUACAGGUGCACCGGUUGGAGCAUGGGGACGGAGGUAUCCUGGACCUGGAUGACGUGCUGUGUGAUGUGGCUGAUGACAAAGACCGGCUGGUGGCGGUGUAUGAUGAACAGGAACCUCACCAUGGUGGCGACGGCACCAGCGUCAGCUCAACGGGCACCCAGAGUCCCGACCUGUUUGCCACCGAGCUCAACACAAGCAGCAUGUCUGCUUUCCAGCCCUACCAGGCCGCCAGCGAGAUAGAAGUCACUCCGUCCGCCCUCCGAACUAAUAUGCCCCUCCAUGUGCGUCGCAGCAGUGAUCCAGCACUGGCGACGGUCAACGGGCCAUUCAGCGACCCCCGUGUGACCCUGCCGCCAGAGGAGCCGUCCAGGAAGAACCCCACCCGCUGGUCCACCACAGCUGGUUUCCUCAAACCACAACACUCUGUUGGAGACACCAGCACUGACGCCAACAGCCUGGAGAGAAAGGGUAAGGUUGUGGACACGUACCGUAGUCUCCCCCGUGACUCAGGGACCUGGGCAAACCAGAGAGAGACGGCCCGCUCCUCCCUGAGUGCCAACCACCCCAUGGUAGACCGCUGGCUGGAGAGACAGGAGCAGGAGGAGGGGGGGCAUGGGGAGGAGGAUAACGGCAGGAUCGAGCCGGUUGGCCGAGCUGACUCCUGUAUGGCCCACACCACUGUGAGGUCACUGGAUCUAAUCUUCAGUGACAUUGUAAAGCUGGUAGAAGUGUCCAAUGACGGCGGGCCCUUGGGGAUCCAUGUAGUGCCUUUCAGUGCCCAGGACCGCAGGACUCUCGGCUUGUUGGUCAAGCGCCUGGAGAGGGGAGGCAAGGCGGAGCAACAUAGUCUGUUCCAGGAGAAUGACUGCAUCGUACGCAUUAAUAAUGGAGACCUGCGAAACAUCCGCUUCGAACAAGCACAGAACAUGUUCCGCCAGGCCAUGCGUUCACCAGUCAUCAUGUUCCAUGUAGUUCCCAACCUGAUGAAGGCCCAGUACGAGCAGCUGUCACACAGCGAGAGGAACCUCAACGUGGCCUACUCAUCUGGAAGCUUCAGCCCUGACUCCCUAGCCAGCGAGAGAGGCAGCACAACCUCAGGCCUGGACCACACCCCACAGAGGAUGUCCCGUGGUCCCCACCCUCACCAGCACCCCGAGCAGGGUGACGCCUACACCUCUCUACCUCACCUCCAUGGGCUUGCCCAUGGGGGCUCCAUGGGCAAGCCCCCAUUAGGCCAUGCCCCUCCAGGCCGCACCCCCUCCCCUCAUAGGGUGCUAAACUCCACCCCCACGGCGGGCUUCACCAAAAAAGUCGGCAGGAGACUGAACAUCCAGCUGAAAAAAGGUCCGGAGGGUCUGGGUUUCAGCAUCACAUCGCGUGACGUCCCCAUCGGCGGCUCGGCGCCCAUCUACGUGAAGAACAUCCUGCCCCGAGGAGCUGCCAUCCAGGACGGACACCUUAAGGCUGGAGACAGGCUGCUGGAGGUGAACGGAGUGGACCUGGUUGGGUUGACCCAGGAGGAGGUGGUCUGUCUGCUGAGGGCCACGCCCAUGGGAGGGGCUGUGAGGCUUGUGGUGUUACGACUGGAGGAGACCUUCCUGCCCAGAGAAGUGAAUGCAGAACCCCAGAUGCAAAGCCCCAGAGAUUUGCGUCGCUCGGUGAAGGAGGCCGUGUCAGCCAUGGAGCCCCACUGGCUGACUGAGAAGGUUGAGGAGGAUGACCUGGUGUUGACCCCGGAUGGUACCAGGGAGUUCCUGACCUUUGAGAUCCCUCUGAGUGACUCCGGGUCGGCGGGGUUAGGGGUCAGCGUCAAGGGCAACCGCUCCAAGGAGAACCACMCUGACCUGGGCAUCUUUGUCAAGUCCAUCAUCAACGGGGGAGCUGCCUGCAAGGAUGGAAGGCUGCGGGUCAACGACCAGCUGAUAGCGGUGAACGGGGAGUCGUUGCUAGGCAAGACCAACCAGGAAGCCAUGGAGACGCUAAGGAAGUCCAUGUCGGUAGAAGGCAACAAGCGGGGGAUGAUUCAGCUGAUUGUGGCCAGGAGGGUCACUAAACGCAAUGAGCUGGAGGCCUCUGGGAGCCCCCUGGGACCGGAGCAGACCCUCAACUCCACCCUGCUGGACGACCGGGAGCGUCGUAUCUCCCACUCCCUGUACGGAGGCAUAGAGGGCCUGGACGACAACCUGAUGCCACGGCAGACCCUAAUGGGCCGAAUGAUGGGUAACUACCAGCUCUCCCCUACAGUCAACAUGCCCCAGGACGACACAGUCAUCAUCGAAGACGAUAGGCUGCCUGUACUUCCUACCCACCUCUCUGACCAAUCGUCUUCCAGCUCCCAUGACGACGUGGGGUUCCAUGUGGAGGUCCCUCCCCCCUGGGCCAAAGAGAUUCAAAUUCAGAAUGAGAGCCCUCUGAGCCCUGAUGACACCGACCCAGACGGAGCCUUUCAGAGGGAGGGCUUCGGCAGACAGAGCAUGUCCGAGAAACGGACAAAGCAGUUUGGAGAUGCCAGUCAGCUGGAGAUCAUCAAGACACGCAAGUCCAAGAGCAUGGAUCUAGUAGCCGACGAGAUUAACCUCACCCCUCGCAAAGAGAACACGCCAGGGUCUUCCACCAGGGACGUGGGUCCUUUCUUAGGCCUCAAGAAGUCCAGCUCUCUAGAGAGUUUACAGACAGCCGUUGCCGAGGUAACGCUGAAUGGUGACAUGCCCUUCCACAGGCCACGCCCACGCAUCAUCAGGGGGCGGGGCUGCAAUGAGAGCUUCCGGGCUGCCAUCGACAAGUCAUACGACAGGCCAGCCGCUACAGAGGAUGACGAUGAGGACAUGGAGACAUUGGAGGAGGACACCGAGGAGAGCUCUCGGUCCGGACGCGACUCUGUGUCCACCGUGGCAGAUCUGACGCCACUGCCUAACACCGAGAGACCGCUGGUCAACGGCAACCGCACCAAUGAAGACGAGAAGGACAAGGGAGGGACUGACAAAAGGAAACAGAAGGACAAAGAGAAGGACAGCAAGAACAAGGCUAAAAAAGGCAUGCUGAAAGGCCUGGGAGACAUGUUCAGGUUUGGUAAACAUCGCAAGGACGGAGAGAAAAUUGAGCGUAAAGUGUCAAGCAAGUGGAGGCCGGAAGAGCUGCACGCCUCAGAGGAAGAAACACUGAGGAUGAGACUGGAGCAGGAGAGGAUCCAGCUUAAGACCCAGGAGCUACGGGAGCGGCAGGCACGGGAGAGGGACUACGCUGAGAUCCUGGACAUCAACCUAAGCCGAGACGAGGAGCACCCCUAUGCCGGCAUCGGGCCCCUGGACACGUCCCUGGGCAGCGGGCACAGCCAUCCCCAAAGCCCCCGAGACAACGACCACCACCACCAAGACUCGUCCCUCUACACACAAGUCGGCAAGGCCCGCAACGCAAACGGACGCCCUCCCUCCGCCGACAGCAACAGACUAGCGCCUAGCAACCACGACCGGAUACAGCGGCUGAGGCAUGAGUUCCAGCAGGUCAGGGGGGAUGAUGACCCAGACGACCGGAGACGCACCUAUAGCUUCGAGCAGCCCUGGCAGAACACCACCAACACAGGUCCAGGCCCGUACCAGACAGACAGACAACAGACAGGCCGACACUCUGUGUCUGUAGAGAUGCAGAUACAGAGYCAGGAGGAGAGAGACGCCUUCCAACAGGCGCAGAGACAGUACAGCUCCCUGCCACGACAACCCAGGAAGAACCCUAGCUGCAUCUCUCAGGACUCCUGGGUCAAGGUCUACCCGCCGGGCGAGGGCUUCCAGACGACCAAGGAGAAUCCUCGCUACUCCAGCUACAAGGGCUCCAGGAACGGCUACCCAGGGGUGAGCAGUGUGAAUGCCCGCGUCUUGCUGGAGGCCCAGGAGCUGCUGAGGCAGGAGCAGAGACGCAGGGAGCAGGAGGCCAAAGGGAAGCAGCUACUACUAGCACCCCCGCAYGAGCACCACGGGAACAAAACCUACAACGCCACUCCUUCAUACUCGGCUCACAAGGACCCUGUGUCGCCUAAGGGCCCCUAUAGACAGGACGUACCCCCCUCGCCCUCCCAGCUGGCCAGGCUCAACAGGCUGCAGGGGCCUGAGAAGGGGAGGCCCUUCUACUCCUGAGGGGAUAGGGGCAGGAAUGGGGAAGGGACAGGGCAGCCAAGAAGAGGCCACAGUUGGUGGCGACUACUUCAGGAGCUGAUUAGCUAUAGAAUGGGGAGGCCCUUCUACUCCUGAGGGGAUAGGGACAGGGUGGGCCAGAGGGGCCAUAGUUGUGGAAGAUGUGGACAAUUUGAGUAGGGAAUGCACAGUGAGUGUUAGUAUUAAUGGCUUCCCCUGGAUGUGACCUGUUAGUCCUCCGUUCAGUCCCAGUCAGUCCUUUUCCCUCCCACAGACUGUUGUCAAAUGAGACUUUCAGUGCCUCCUGUAUUCAUGGUCAUGAUGCUUUCUGGGGUAGUAGUGGUGUUGUGGGAUUCAUAGACAUCUGUCACCCUCACGCUCUGACAAUCAUACAGGCAAACAGAUGUUUUUUCAAACAAUGGAGAAGUUGUGUGUGUGUGUGUGUGUGUGUGUGUGUGUGUGUGUGUGUGUGUGUGUGUGUGUGAGACUGUCUUAAUGUGUGUCUGUGCUUUAUGCUAGUGUGGUGUGGACACUUACAAGGUCACCUGGUUUUGUUAAACCAUGGCUCCUACUUGACCUGCCCUCCCCUGGACAUGAACCUCCCCAUAGUUGGUAGUACACUAACACGUCAAAACAACAACGCUGAGCUCUCACUAUUCUAUUUCUCUGUUUUCAUAAUUUUUUUCUUUACUUCACCAGUGGGCUAGAGAAAAGAGACGGAGUGUGUAAAAGGAGGGGGAGCAUAGCACUGGUUAUUAAUGAAGGACUCUCAUAAAUUAUUCAUGUGUGUGCCAUCUUCAUGGAGAGAGAGAGAGAGAGAGAGAGAGAGUCUCUGAUCCACCGCCUGGCCUCUCUGCUCUGGGCACGGCUAACCUGGCCUGCCUUCCUCCUCUCUCUCACCACCACUUCCUCCUCUCCCUCACCACCACUUCCACUUCU